CCCCAGCCGGGCGGGCGGAGCGCCACGGCCGGCAGCUGCCCGUCGGUGCGGGCACAGCCCAUGAGGCACCGUCGCGGCUCGGCGGGGCUGUGAGCGCCCGGCGGCAGUUGCCGUAUGCGGGGCAGUGAGGAGGCGGCGGAGGCCGGCCCGCUGCCCAGGCACCAUGCAGAAGAGCGUGCGCUACAACGAGGGGCACGCCCUGUACCUGGCCCUGCUGGCCCGCAAGGAGGGCACCAAGCGCGGCUACCUGAGCAAGAAGACGGCGGAGACCAGCCGCUGGCACGAGAAGUGGUUCGCGCUCUACCAGAACGUGCUCUUCUACUUCGAGAGCGAGCAGAGCGCCCGGCCCGCCGGCAUGUACAUGCUGGAGGGCUGCAGCUGCGAGCGGGCGCCGGCCCCCAAGGGCGCCUCCGCCGGCAGCGCCAAGGACACCGCGCUAGACAAGCAGUACUUCUUUACUGUUGUCUUUGGCCAUGAAGGGCAGAAGCCACUGGAGCUCCGUUGUGAGGAAGAAAGUGAUGGAGAUGAAUGGGUAGAAGCUAUCCACCAAGCUAGUUACUCAGACAUUCUGAUUGAGAGAGAGGUCUUAAUGCAGAAGUACAUUCACCUAGUUCAAAUUGUAGAGACAGAAAAGAUUGCAGCCAAUCAGCUUCGACAUCAACUUGAAGAUCAAGACACGGAAAUUGAAAGACUAAAAUCUGAGAUUGUAGCUCUCAAUAAAACUAAGGAACGAAUGCGACCUUAUCAAGGCAACCAGGAAGAUGAGGAUCCAGAUAUAAAAAAAAUUAAAAAGGUUCAGAGCUUUAUGCGAGGCUGGUUGUGCAGAAGAAAAUGGAAGACAAUUGUCCAAGAUUAUAUUUGUUCUCCGCAUGCAGAAAGCAUGAGAAAGAGAAACCAAAUAGUUUUUAACAUGGUCGAGGCUGAAUCUGAAUAUGUGCAUCAUCUUUACGUUCUUGUAAACUGUUUUCUCAGGCCUUUAAGAAUGGCUGCAAGUUCAAAGAAACCACCUAUUAGUCAUGAUGAUGUUAGUAGCAUUUUCCUCAACAGUGAAACUAUAAUGUUUCUUCAUGAAAUAUUUCAUCAAGGAUUAAAAGCAAGAAUAGCUAAUUGGCCUACUUUAAUUUUAGCUGACUUAUUUGAUAUUUUGCUGCCAAUGCUGAACAUUUAUCAAGAAUUUGUUCGGAAUCAUCAGUACAGUCUACAAGUACUGGCAAACUGUAAGCAAAACAGAGAUUUUGACAAACUCUUGAAGCAAUAUGAAGCUAACCCAGCAUGUGAGGGGCGAAUGCUGGAAACAUUCCUUACUUACCCUAUGUUUCAGAUUCCUAGAUAUAUUAUAACUCUUCAUGAACUUCUGGCUCACACACCCCAUGAACACGUGGAAAGAAAGAGCCUUGAAUUUGCUAAAUCUAAACUAGAAGAACUUUCAAGGGUGAUGCAUGAUGAAGUGAGUGACACAGAAAAUAUCCGGAAAAAUUUAGCCAUAGAAAGAAUGAUAGUAGAAGGUUGUGAUAUAUUACUAGAUACCAGCCAAACUUUUAUACGUCAAGGUUCUCUUAUUCAAGUCCCUUCAGUUGAGAGGGGGAAACUUAGUAAAGUUCGCCUGGGAUCAUUGUCUUUGAAAAAAGAAGGAGAAAGACAAUGCUUCUUAUUUACAAAACACUUUUUAAUUUGUACAAGAAGUUCAGGAGGAAAACUGCAUCUGCUUAAGACAGGGGGUGUUCUCUCUUUAAUAGAGUGCACGCUGAUUGAGGAGCCAGAUGUGAGUGAUGAUGAUUCAAAAGGUUCUGGGCAAGUGUUUGGUCACCUUGAUUUCAAGAUUGUGGUUGAACCUACUGAUGCUCCUCCUUAUACUGUGGUACUGUUAGCUCCUUCGCGACAGGAAAAAGCUGCAUGGACAAGUGAUAUAAGUCAGUGUGUUGACAAUAUAAGAUGCAAUGGUUUAAUGACCAUAGUGUUUGAAGAAAACUCUAAAGUCACUGUGCCACAUAUGAUCAAAUCUGAUGCUCGUCUUCAUAGAGAUGACAUUGAUAUCUGCUUCAGCAAAACAUUAAAUUCCUGCAAAGUGCCCCAAAUUCGUUAUGCAAGUGUGGAACGCCUCUUGGAGAGAUUAACAGACUUGCGCUUUCUUAGUAUUGAUUUUCUUAAUACUUUCCUGCAUACUUACCGCAUAUUUACUUCUGCAACUGUUGUACUGGAGAAACUCUCAGAUAUAUACAAAAGGCCUUUCACUUCCAUUCCAGUCAGGUCUUUGGAAUUGUUUUUUGCUACCAGUCAAAACAACAGAGGAGAACACCUGGCUGAUGGGAAGUCACCACAUCUUUGUCGCAAAUUCUCAUCUCCUCCCCCAUUGUCACUCUCUAGAACUUCCUCACCUGUCAAAACCAGAAAACUCUCAUUGACUAAUUCACCACUGAACUCAAGAAUAGGGGCUUUAGAUCUCUCUACUUCCUCUGUUGCCAGCAGUCCUACCUCAACUUACAGCCCAGCCACAUCCCCACCACCCACUGCUAGCAAAGUACCACUGGACCUCAGCAAGGGCCCCUCUUCCCCCGAACAAAGUCCUGGAUCCAUAGAAGAGAAUUUAGAGAAUCCUCGCAUUGAUCUGUGUAACAAGCUAAGAAGAAGCAUUAGAAGAGCAGCAGUUCUAGAAUCUGUGUCAGUGGACAGGACAAUUCCUGAAAGCACCUCGACUGUUGAGACACCUGAGCUUUCCCCAUGUCGAUCCCCCUCAACUCCACGACAUCUCCGCUACCGUCAGCCAGGAGUACAGACUGCUGACAACAGCCACUGUUCUGUUUCUCCUGCUUCUGCAUUUGCUAUUGCUACAGCUGCAGCAGGGCAUGGGAGUCCACCAGAAGGCAAUGUGGUUUGGAGGAAUGAGCACAUGGUUGGGAAUCAGAGGGUCCUAAAUUCUAGUCCUGGCUCUGCCACCAUGGGAUUUAACAACUCUGAACGAAUGUGUGACAAAGAGUUCAUAAUACGCAGAGCAGCCACUAAUCGUGUCCUGAAUGUCCUGCGUCACUGGGUCUCCAAACAUUCUCAGGAUUUUGAACUAAACAACGAGAUGAAAAUGAAUGUUCUAAAUUUGCUGGAAGAAGUUUUGAGAGAUCCAGACCUUCUACCACAAGAAAGAAAAGCCACAGCAAACAUACUGAGGGCUCUUUCUCAGGAUGAUCAAGAUGAUACCCACUUAAAAAUAGAGGAUAUAAUUCAAAUGUCAGAAUGUCCAAAACCAGAGUGCUUUGAAACUUUGUCAGCCAUGGAGCUUGCAGAGCAAAUAACUCUCUUAGAUCACAUAGUUUUCAGAAGCAUACCCUAUGAAGAAUUUCUUGGGCAAGGCUGGAUGAAAUUGGAUAAAAAUGAAAGAACUCCAUACAUUAUGAAAACCAGCCAACAUUUUAAUGAUAUGAGUAACCUUGUUGCCUCGCAAAUUAUGAACUAUGCUGAUGUCGGUUCCCGUGCUAACUCAAUUGAGAAGUGGGUAGCAGUGGCGGAUAUUUGUCGCUGUAUGCACAACUACAAUGGUGUGUUAGAAAUUACAUCAGCCUUCAACAGAAGUGCAAUCUACAGACUGAAGAAAACCUGGGCUAAAGUUUCUAAACAGACAAAAGCUCUCAUGGACAAACUUCAGAAGACUGUGUCAUCCGAGGGAAGAUUUAAAAACCUUAGAGAAACACUCAAAAAUUGUAAUCCCCCUUCAGUUCCCUAUCUUGGAAUGUACUUGACAGAUCUAGCAUUUAUUGAAGAAGGAACACCAAACUUCACUGAGGAAGGCCUUGUCAAUUUUUCCAAAAUGAGAAUGAUAUCUCAUAUUAUCAGGGAGAUACGCCAGUUCCAGCAGACCUCCUAUCGUAUAGAACAUCAACAAAAGGUCACUCAUUACUUACUCGACAAGACCCUCAUCAUAGAUGAGGAUACUCUGUAUGAGUUAUCCCUAAAGAUUGAACCCAGACUCCCUGCCUGAAGAAUGAGCUUCGUCCCAGAGUUGACAGAGUUUUAGUGUAAUGAACAGAAUUGUGCAUGCCAUGCCCUACAGACCCCAAGGGGACAGAUUGAGAAGAUUGCAAACUCUCUUUUCCAAUAAGGGAGACAGAUCCUCACAGAAAUUCCCUCUCAGACAAGGAAAAUCAGCUCCUGGAGGUGAAAGACAAAAUGCUUCAGACUUGAGGGUUGAAUGAUUGUUACUUUGCAAAGAUAAUGUUUUGCCAAAAGGACUAUGCAUCUAAUAGAAAACAGAAGCCUUUCAUGAGAAUAGCUACUCAUUGCAGCCAUCCUAAGGGGCAGAGAAGGGGACAAAUUUAAAUGUAGGUACAGUAUUCUGUUAGAUUAGGAUAAAUGGACAAAUGCAGAUGGCAUUGAUCUGGCACAGGUUGCUUAUCAAAUGUGUAUCUAUUGAGGCAUUCAUCGGAUUAAUCCACUCUCAUUAUACUGUAUUCAUUGCAAACAAUAGGAGCUUAAGAGUCAUUUACUAACCUGCAGUGAUAGCAAGAUAAUAUCUAAGAACUUUAGCUACAGCAUAUGCUGUUCAAAGUAUUUGUUAUAAAUUAGAUGUUUUCAUUUAUAGCAUAUUAAGGUCUUAAAAUGUUAUCAACCUUUUCUAAGGUGGGAGGUUUUACAUGCUACAAAUUAACUAACUUAACUUUGUAAAUAUUGUUUUCACCAAUACAUGAUGAGGAGUUUUACAGCAUGGAAAAUAAUGAACUGUGUUAAUAGUUGCAGGCCAUGGGAGCAUCUGCUGGAAUAUCUGAGUUUAGGAGCUAUAUUUGGAUUUGGUUGGCCCAGAUUCAUACUCAUAUCAUGAGUGAGAUACUUGGUCAUUUAUGGUUAUUUAGCACAUCGUCUCCUGAGAAAGGCACUCUGAUUUUUUGAACUUACAGCAGUGACUAUAAAGCACCUGCUGCACACACUGGGGGAGGAAUGCUUGCCUGGUUUGGCAAUGGAUAAUGCUCAGCAAUGAAGAGAGCAGGAUUAACUAUUUUAUUUUACAUUAAAUGAAUUGUUUAAAAAGCAUUAUUUUUUUUGCUCAGCUGAUCAAUUCUAAAAUCCUUUUUCUACAGUGAAGUUUGACUGCCAGCAAAUAGGAAAUAUAAUUUUAUUUGGGGAAGCAGGGGUGGCUCUAGGUAUUUUGCCACCCCAAGCAUGGCAGACAGGCUGCCUUCGGCGGCUUGCCUGCGGGAGGUCCCCAGUCCCGCAGAUUUGGGGGCACGCCUGCAGGAGGUCCGCC